AACACGAUAAAAGAUAUUAAGAGAAUUAUAUAUUCUUCUAAGAACAUCAUUUUAAUUUUUGUUAAAAACUGAGAAGGCAUUGAAAUGUAUGACUUAUCUCAAACCCAGUAUUUUGCCAUUAACAAAUAACUCUCUCUACGAAUAACACGUGUAUAUUAAAAACAACAAUCAUGACUUCUUCUGAUAAGGAAACUCCGGAUAUAACUGAAGAGCCACCGAUGCCAUUAGCAUUUGAACUCAAUGAGGAUUCUUUUUUUGAAACCGCUGGGGAGCAACCUUUGGUACCUCCAACUGAAUCCAGGACCAGCACUAUUAUAGAUCAGAUAGAGUCACCAACUAUGAAUUCUGAUGAGGUUACACCGGAAAUAGAGGAAAAGUCGCCGAGGCCAUCGACAUCAGUGUCCAAUGAGGAUGAUUUUGAAACUACUGAGGAGAUACCACCUCCUGCACCCGUCAAGUUGCGCAGGAGCAAAAGGAUUCAAAAACGAAAGGAGAAUCGUGAAGAGCAAGAGGCCACAUCCUCUGAGGUGGUGGCUCCAAGGAAACGCAGAAAGGUCAUGAAACCAAAAUCUUAUCAAUCCGAUGUUAACUGUGUUACUUGUUACAACUGCGGAAUUGUCCAGAGCCCUUUUCCGCCUUUGACUAAAUUCUACCAAUGCGCCGAGGUCAAUGGCCGACUGUUCAGAAUUAGACGGCUCCCCUCUGGAGAUGUACUGGGCUCUGCUGACCGGAAGAAACCGCUAAAGCGGGUGAAAAAAACCAUUAAAAAAUCUGCACCUCCAAAGGAUAAGCCAGCCAAGGAUGAUUAGAUUUGAUGUUACAAAAUUGUUUUUAGUUUGAAUAGUACAACAAAUGGACAAGUUUAAUAUUAUAUAUAGUAUUUUAUAUGGUCCAAGUCA